AGGGCUCAGCCUGGAGGCUGCUGGGAGGCGUGUGAGCAAGAUGGCGACGUCGGAGUCGUAGGGUUGGGGCUUGGCCGCUCCUGGGCACCAUGGGGACGGCACUGUGCAGUGGAGCUGGCUAUUUUCACAUCGUCUCCUACAUCUUCGUCAUUCAUGUGCUCGGUAACGCGUUGAUUCCGGCUCAAAAUGUGACCUUGAGUUCAAAGAAUUUCAGUCUGUUUUUGACGUGGACACCCCCUGAAGAACAUCCUCCUCAAAGCACAUACAUCGUGGAAAUAAUGCCCAAGAAUUAUUGGAUCGAACCUACCAACUGCAUGUUUCUAGCUGAAAAAAUCUGUGAUAUUACAUGUACAAUUAAGAAUUGCUAUUCCAUGUAUAAAGCCAGAGUGAGAAGUCUUUUACCUGAAACUCCAGUUGUUCGGAUGCUGUCUAAUGGAUUUAUUCCCCUCAAUGAUGUGGAACUAGGUCCACCUCAAAUGGAAGUAGUUGUAGGAGAAGAAUCUUUAAUGGUGCAUCUCCAAAUUAAGUUAAUACAAUGCAAAAGAAAGGUGCUCGAUGCAUGUCUACUAAAACAACUGACCUAUGAAGUGGAAAUAUGGGAUGCGAAUGAACCUGUCAGGAGACCAAUCAAACAAAGUGUACUUGGUAACUCAAUGGAAAUUGCCAAACAUGAAUUGCGUGGUCAUAGCAAUUGCAUAUCUGCCAGGUCCGUUUACCAGAGUUUGCAGAAAUUUAGCAGUUUCUCUGAGCCAGUUUGUUUCACUUUGGAGCAAGAAGAACGCCAAACUGAGAAGUAUCUUGCGAUAAUGGGAUCUACACUGGGAAUAUUGUUUCUAGUUUCAGUGGCUGCAGCUAUUGUGAAAAACGUAAUCUGCAUUUCUUCAAACGUGAAAAUGCUGUCAGCCUUGGAUUUCACAAGGGCCACAACUUAUACGCAAAAGAUGGCAGAUGCUCAACCAGAUGUAUGUGAGCUGUCAAUUGCUACUUGCUUUGAAAAAAGUGAGACAGAAAUAUGUGAACAAAAUAUUGCUCUUGAAAGUAAUCUUUUGAAAGAAGCCAACCUUUUGGAUAAUGUUGACGACCCAGACGAGAGCGAUGAGGAAAAUGAAUGCUGUAAUUACACAGACAGACGAUGGAUUCCUGAUGGAGUAAUGUUUGACAAAGCUGAGACAUCUGGUGAUACUGAGCACCAGGUACCUAUUGCAGAAGGCUAUCGGAAAGCAAAUUGCUUUACUGCUUCAACUAUUGGUGUUACUGACUUACAAAGUCAGGAAUCUGACUGUGCUCAUCACAGACUGGAGCACGCCCCACAGACUAAUUUAUACGUUCCCGUUUCUAACCCAGUUAGUUUCACUUCUGAUGCAUUUGAUAGCAAACAUUUCAGUAAUGGUAUUGAUUCUAUUAUACUGGAUCAUGAUGAACGGAGGAGCAACGGUGAUGUCCCAUUGAUGUCUGUCCAGAUACUGUGUUGUGAUGGUGAUGAUAUCGCUGGUGACAAUGAGGAUUGUGAUCCUUUCUCCAAUACUGUGCCACUUCUUGAUUGUGAUUUGAACUUUCAAACAUGUGACCUCACCUAUCGUCUUCCUGCACUGUUGCCUGGAGACCAGGUAACGGGAAAUAGAGAAAGAAACAUACAUUUGGUUUCAGUGUAAAUCUGAAGUUUAUGAUCACUAUGCUGCAUAAACUCUUCAUAAUCGUAGCCAUUGUUUUCUAAUUGGAAUGAAUAUUUUUAACAGACAUUGAAUUUAUUUCUAAGGUAUUCACAGAGCUGCUUGUAACCUUAAAUUUUCAGUGUUCUAAACCUUUGAGUAUACACACACACACACACACACACACAUUCAUAUACCUUUUUACAUAUCAUUUUUGAAAAUUGAGGUAUUAAUGUUAAAGUGUUUAAAAACUGGUUUCUAUUAAUGAGAAGGCAUUCCCUUAAAAUUUUAACUUAGUUGUCCAGAGAUCUGAGAUGCUGUCAUUAAUAUAUCUUCCUAUGCAAUUAGUUGAUUGUUUUUACAAAUUUUAAUCAAGAUAUUGUUCAAGAUCAGUUAGAACAGUGAGCGUUUAGAGCUGCUUGAGAUGGAACAAGGAUGGAUUGUGUUGCCCUGCCACCUUAAUAGCAAUAGUUGUGUCAGACUCUACUUUGAAUUGAUCAUUUUGGAGCAGAAUUAAGACUUGGCAACUGGAGGAAGGCAAGUGCAUUCAUUUAAUUGUCAAUGGGAGCAAUUAAAUAUUUGUGCAAUUAAAUGCACUUUAAGUUGUAAAACUUCAAAUAACAAAAAUAGCUGGGGAUGAACAUUGGAAAAUUAAUGAAUAUCGUCAAGUGAUAAACUUGCAUUUGUGAGAUCCCUAAAAAAUUGCAGUAGUUGAAAGGAAAUUAGUAAUGUGCAAUAGUUCAAAACCUUGACAUAGAUCUAACUGUUAUUUCAAAAGAUAAACAGAAAAUUGGGAACAAACUGAGCUAAAUUUUCCUAGAAAGAAAUGAUUCAAUUAUGUUUAAGAUCUGCAUAUAAUGUGGAGAGAAUCAUCAAGCAAAGUUGACUAGGUGUUAGUGGUCAUGCUAGAGAGGUGAUGUGGAUCAUUUUGGAUAAACAACUUGAUGCAAAAGGAGGGAUCACUGGAAUUUAAGAAUGGUUUGAAAGUUUUCAUCGCAACCUACAAGUCAAGCACAGCCAUUAUCAGAUAGACACAGUUGUCACUUGGACAGAGAAUUAACAGAAGGAAAACAUUUGGAGUUCUGAUUUGUGUUUUGUAUCCAAAAAAACAACUAAAAUUACUUAAAUAGGUAAUUUCAGAGAGCAUAUAAAUCAACAUUGACCAAAACUUUCUUGAUGAAUCAUAAAACAUUUUGAUAAAUGAGGAGCUCUUGUCAUUACCUACCAUUUAUCUUCAUUUUCAUUUUAUUAUAAAAAUGUUCUACAGUAUUAAAAUCACCAGUAUUUUUGCAAGUUAGUAAGAUGUCUAAUUUAACCUAACCAUGAAUAUUGCAGCAGAUAUGCCUUUGCGGUUGAGUUUAUGCAUCUAACACUCAUCCCAAGGUGAUACCGGAACACUGGUUAAGCAAGCUGUACUUAAACAUGUGCAACUGUGGUGCUAGCUGCUUUGAACCAAGCCAGUGCUAAAUCCUCUAAUAGUUCUUUUUAGGUACUGUUCACUGGAAACAAAAGCCUGUGAAACAUUCUAAAUUUGAAGACCGUAAAGAGCAUAAACUCUGGUCAACAGAAAUGGGCUUUUUUUUUAUGGAACUAUUUGCAUUUGUGCUCUCCAGAGACCUGUGAAGGUGAGGAACUCCACCUCAGCCAGCUUAUACAAUCUGUGAUUUGGGUUGUAGAGAGUAAUAGUGGGUGAGUGAACAGAAAGAAAACGCAUAAUCUUCCUCAUCAUCUUUUGGUUGAAUGUUUCUAGAAAAGGUACAUUUUCAUUCAAACAAUUAAGAUCAUAGAUGAGUAUGCCAAUUAAAAAUAAAAUGCAUUAUUUUAAAAAAAUUAUCCUGCUUCAUAUUUGAUGUUGCCUGGUCUUGAGGGCAUUGGCUGUGAGGAAAGGUUUA